AUGGACUUCGCCGGAGGGAGGCUGGGGCAUCUGCUGCACAUCUUCGGUGCGGUGGGGGGUGUCCAGCCGGAGGCCUCCACCGUGGUGGCGGCGGCGGCGGCGGCGGCUCCGCAUCCAACCGAUCACGAUUGGAUCCUGCCCUUCUCAGUCGUCAUCGUGCUUCUGGCUUGCAUUCUCUCCUUCACCGUCCUCCGUUGUCGCCAGUGCAAGUCGGACCCCGCUGGUGGCGACGGGCUCGCAAUGGACAAUGAGUGCCUCAUCGCCAGCGUCAUGCUGGUCCUCCUUGUGGUCGCCUUUCUCGGCUCCUUCUACUACUACUACUGCUUCCAAGGCGGGUGUUUCAGUCGCGCCAGCCCCGUGUCGACGGCGGCGGCGCCACCAGCAGGAAGGAAGUUCAUGAUGACGAUGACGACGUAA